CAACGGGGCGCACUGACUCCACAAGCAAGUCGCUGUCGUCAAACGGAAAGAAACGCGCAUGAAGAUGAUUUCUCAUAUCCCGUUUUGCUGUUUAUCCGCAAUUGUAUUAUUUUCUUUAGGAACUGCAAAACCCGUCUUCAAUCUCCAGAGUUUGACGCAACUUUUGGAAGAGAAAAGUAACGCGCCUUAUUACACGCUCGAAGAAUCCGGGGCUACGGGGGAAGGUCAGAACGCGCAAAAGCCCGGGUUUGAUGCCGCGGGGCCGGAGCAGCCUUGGGACGCGGAGGACGCGACGAACUCCGCGCUGGAAGAUAACGCCAUCGCGCGUUUCCUCAAGGAUGUCAUAAGGACGUCCAAGCGCUCAUGGAACCGUUACAAGAAGGGCGGGCACCGGAGCUGCUUCGGGGUCCGGUUGGAGAGGAUCGGAUCCUUCAGCGGAAUGGGCUGCUGAGCACGAAGGAGGUGUGGCAGGCUCGCAAGCUACGACACAGAGAGAGAGAGAGAGAGAGAGAGAGAGAGAGAGAGAGAUGGAGGUGGAGGUGGACGUGGAUGUAAAUCGAUACUCGAUGCGAUAAUCGAUACGUUUACAAAGGGGCGUUGGUCGUGUACGUUACUGAAGCCUGAUCAUUUGCAUAUGUGAAUAUUUGAUGGUUUCAUUGCAUGAUUUCCCUCUUUUCAUUUCAUAUUUAAGAUUAAAGACUAGCUGUUAUUAUAAAUGUAUUUAUUUAUUUUCUUGUAAGAUGACUUGGGCAAGACCUGAAUGUUGUCUGUAAUGAUGUGAAAUACAUAUUUUGCAUAAUAUUGCAAUGUGUGAGUACAAUCAUUCUUUGUUACUUUUGUAUAACUUAUUUCAAAUAGCCCUAAUGUUUAUGAAGGUUAUUUUUUUUAUAAUAUGACUUAUAAAACACAUCCAUAUUUGCAACUUGUUUGAAUGCGUUUCCAUGGUCAUUCUGGCCAGGUAAAGUCCUGAGGCCUAUCAUCUUAAAACACAACAAUUGGUCUAUAAACACAUCACUCCAAUGAUCAUUAGUCUUGAAAUUAGAGUUCUUCAAUUUAUGUGCGCUAGUGUGUGUUUACACGUCACUUAGUCCCAACGACACACCAGUCAAUCUAGCUCUCACUUUUUACGGUUAAAAUAAAAAUAAAAGACACGUCUCUCCAAAAUCAAAAUAAUAAUAAGAUGUGAUCGGGUUUC